GGGACCCGAGCCGCGCGCGGGCCAGGCGGGAGCCCGGCCUCGGAAAGGGAUGCCUCCUGUCUCGAGCCGCAGGCACACGCACCGGCCCCCCCUACGAUGAUCCCCCCGGCGAGCGGCACCCCUCCGGGAGAGGCUCUGCUCCCCACUUUGGCUCCUCAGGACUUCUGGAGGUCUCAGAUCUCCGGCUACACGGGGUCCGUGACCCGGCACAUCAGCCACCGAGCCAACAACUUCAAACGACACCCCAAGAGGAGGAAGUGCAUCCGUCCCUCCCCGCCCCCGCCCCCCAACACCCCAUGUCCCAUUGAGCUGGUGGACUUUGGGGACCUGCACCCCCAGAGGUCCUUCCGGGAGCUGCUCUUCAAUGGCUGCAUUCUCUUCGGCAUCGAGUUCAGCUACGCCAUGGAGACGGCGUACGUGACCCCCGUGCUCCUGCAGAUGGGCUUGCCCGACCAGCUCUACAGCCUGGUGUGGUUCAUCAGCCCCAUCCUCGGAUUCCUACUGCAGCCACUGCUGGGUGCGUGGAGUGACCGAUGUACCUCAAGGUUUGGAAGGAGACGCCCUUUCAUUCUUGUCCUGGCUAUAGGGGCGCUGCUGGGCCUCUCGCUCCUGCUCAACGGCAGGGACCUGGGCGCGGCGCUGGCCGACUCUGCCGACAGCCACCAGUGGGGCCUCCUGCUCACCGUGUGCGGGGUGGUGCUGAUGGACUUCAGCGCGGACUCGGCGGACAACCCCAGCCACGCCUACAUGAUGGACGUGUGCAGCCCCGCCGACCAGGACCGCGGCCUCAACAUCCACGCCCUCCUGGCGGGCCUCGGAGGAGGAUUCGGGUACGUGGUCGGGGGCAUCCACUGGGACAAAACCAGCUUCGGGAGAGCCCUGGGCGGGCAGCUGAGGGUCAUCUACAUCUUCACCGCUGUCACCCUGAGCGUCACCACUGUCCUCACGCUGGUCAGCAUCCCCGAGAGGCCCCUGCGGCCCCCCGGCGAGAAGAAGGCCGCCAUGAAGAGCCCCAGCCUCCCCCUGCCGCCCUCCCCGCCCCUGCUGUGCGCGGAGGGGGCCGGCGAGCCCGUCCCCUGCCCCCCGGCCACCGGCCUGGACGCCAGCUUCUCCAGCCCCAUCUCCCCGCUCAGCCCCCUGACGCCCAAGUACGGCAGCUUCGCCAGCCGCGACGGCUCCCUGACCGGCGUCAACGAGUUCGCCUCGUCCUUCGCCACCUCCAACAUCGACAGCGUGCUCAUCGACUGCUUCACCGGCGGCCACGACGGCUACCUGGCCAUCCCCGGCAGCGCCCCGCCGCAGGCCGUCAGCCUCAGCUUCCCCCGGGCCCCCGACGGCUUCUACUGCCAGGAGCGCGGCCUCGGGGACAGGCGGGAGGCGGCGCUGGCCCCCAGCCAAGAUGGGGACGUGCUGAGGGUGGGGUCCCUGGAUGCCCCCAAGGCGCGAUCUGCCGGGAUCCUGAAGAGACCCCAGACCUUGGCCAUCCCGGACGCGGCUGGAGGAGGGGGCCCUGAGAGCAGCCGGAGGAGGAACGUGACCUUCAGUCAGCAGGUGGCCAACAUCCUGCUGAACGGCGUGAAGUACGAGAGCGAGCUGGCGGGCUCCAGCCAGCCGUCGGGGCCGCCUCUGUCCAUGCGGCACCUGUGCGCCACCAUCUGCAACAUGCCCCAGGCGCUCCGCAACCUCUGCGUCAACCACUUCCUGGGGUGGCUCUCGUUUGAGGGGAUGCUGCUCUUCUACACGGACUUCAUGGGUGAGGUGGUGUUUCAGGGUGACCCCAAAGCCCCGCACACGUCGGAAGAAUAUCAGAAAUACAACAGCGGCGUCACCAUGGGCUGCUGGGGGAUGUGCAUCUACGCCUUCAGCGCUGCCUUCUACUCAGCUAUUCUGGAGAAGCUGGAAGAAUACCUCAGCAUCCGCACACUGUACUUCAUCGCCUACCUGGCCUUUGGCCUGGGGACCGGGCUCGCCACCCUGUCCAGGAACCUGUACGUGGUCCUGUCGCUCUGCGUGACCUAUGGGAUUUUAUUUUCCACGCUGUGCACCCUGCCCUACUCGCUUCUGUGUGACUACUACCAGAACAAAAAGUUUGCAGGGUCCAGUGCGGACGGCACCCGGCGGGGCAUGGGCGUGGACAUCUCCCUGCUGAGCUGCCAGUACUUCCUGGCCCAGAUCCUGGUCUCCCUGGUGCUGGGGCCCCUGACCUCGGCUGUGGGCAGCACCAGCGGGGUCAUGUACUUCUCUAGCCUGGUGUCCUUCCUGGGCUGCUUGUACUCCUCCCUGUUUGUCGUUUAUGAAAUCCCUCCCAGCGACGCCACAGAGGAGGAGCACCGGCCCCUGCUGCUCAGCGUCUGACACCCCGGAGCCCCCAGCUCUGGCCUCCAGCCUGUGGAAUGUAAAUACGCGACAAAACAAUAAAUGGCAGCAGCAAAG